GACUAUAGUUAUCCACAGGUAUUUACUGAAUCUAUAACCAGAGGGCUGAGAAUACUACGACUUGCUAAUAUGGCUUUCAUAUGUCUUUCAAUUGUAUUCAGCCUAAUGGCUCUGUGCUCUUCAGCUCCAUUGGAGUGCAACAAUGCUGUGAAGCCGAUAGCAAUUUGGAACCCAAAUGAGGUAUACGGAAAAUGGUUUAUAAUUGCAGCGUCCAAUGACUACAAGCCUUACACAGACAUGUUCAAGACAUUCAGGAAUUCUUGGAUGGACUUACAGCCUGUUAGUGACAGCAAUAUUACUUUCAAGCAAGGAAUGCUGUUUGAGAAGUGUAUGUGGACAACUGAACACUUUACUAUGACAAAUCACAGCGGGCUUCUAACCUAUACACUGCGGAACAAUACCUCUGGAACAUUUAUGGCAACAUGCCCAAAUUGUCUCCUGAUGAGCUUCACUUCACUCGACGGAAUGAAUGUGGCCAAGUCUUUUUACAUUUUUGCAAGGUCAAGAAAAUUUGAAGCCUCUGACUUGGAGAGAUAUAAGCAACAGGUUGAAUGUCUUGGAUUGCCCCCUCCAGUUUUCAUUGAUAAUCCGGCAACAGAACUUUGCCCUGAAGAAGAAACAUCUGAGAUAAUAUCCCAUCCUGAACUUGCAAAACCGGACGAGGAUUUAAACAGCAAAUCCACAUAAAACUGCCUGUAUAAGCAUUAAUACAAUAUAGUUUCUAUUAUAAUACAGCGGUAGUCAAAUAUAUAUGCUUUCCAUGUGUGUGUUUUUGUUCCACUCAAGACAUUUAGGUUGGGCCAAAAUAAAGAUUUACCUGCACCUUC